CCUCGAGUCCGCUGCUGAGUGCAGCGGGCGUCUGAUGCAAGGCAUAUGCAAUUGACGACGACUCUCAUUCUUUUCAUGCUGCGCGAUGUUAUCCUUGACUCGGCUUUUUGCUCUGCUGGCGCUUCGUUCUCGGCCAUGCCUCUGGUCCUGUUGCCGUCCAACACUGUCCUCAGGCCAAAUCCUCAUCGUGAAUCACUCGUUGUCGUCCAUCUUUUCAUUUGAUGCCCACCGAGGGUCUGUCAGCCACAUGCGCUUUAUUUCCAGCAAGAACGCAUUGCUUUCGAUCGGAGAGGACGAGAACGACAUUCCGGUCCUCAAGAUCUGGAAUCUCUCCAAGACCGACAAGCAGUCCAAGGCACCGGUCCUGAGCCGCUCGGCAAAGAUUCAGUACAGCAACAAGAUCUUCCCCGUCACGGCUCUGGCUUAUCUCGAGAACCUGGCCCAGAUUGCUAUCGGUCUCGAAAACGGUGUCGUCAUGAUCCUGCGUGGCGACAUCUCACUCGAUCGCUUCACCAAGCAUCGGGUAGUCCACGAAGGCAGCGAGUGCAUUACCGGUCUGGAAUAUCACGAAGAAGGCAAGGUCGUGACGCUCUUUAUCGUGACCCUGGCUUCCAUCAUCAAGAUGGUGACCUCAGGCGGGAAGGACACAAAAGAAAUUGUGGACGACUUUGGCGCCGACAUUGGCUGCACGAUCGCAUAUUCGCACAGCGCAAUGCAAGAGUUUCUUGUAGGCAAAAACGAGGCUAUAUAUUCGUAUGGAAUCGACGGACGUGGUCCCUGCUACAUCAUCGAAGACUUCAAGACAUCGAUGACGCUUUGCCGGCAGUAUGUGGCUGUCGUAUCCCGUGCCAAGAAGAUCAAAUCCGACCUCGUCCAGGCCCCCGACGCUCCUGAUGUCGAGAACUUUGUCCAAGGCGAGCCAGGCACAGUACUGACGAUCUAUGACCUAAAGAACAAGUUCAUUGCCUUCACAGGCUCCUUCGGCUCAGCCAGCCUCGCUGCAGAUGAGCUCGGGUCGGGCGUGCCUAUCACCAACAUCGUCAGCCAGUGGGACGAGCUGCUUGUAGUAACAGCCGAGCGCAAGGUCUACCGUCUCAUCGAGAAGCCCAUGCCCACAAAGCUUGAGAUCCUGUUCCGAAAGGACAUGUACACACUUGCCAUCAACAUCGCAUCCACCCCCAAGCCGUCAACAGAGUCUCACGCCCCCACGGCCCGAGCGAGCGUCGCGGAGUCCGAGAACCCGUUUGAUUACGAGAUUCUGGUCGAGAUCUACAAGCGCUACGGCGAUUUCCUGUAUGCUCGCGGCGAAUAUGACGUUGCCAUGCAGCAGUAUCUGCACACAAUACCGCAGCUGGAGGCAUCCUAUGUCAUCAUCAAGUUCCUGGACGCACAGCGGGUGCACAACCUGGCGUCGUAUCUGCAGGCGCUGCACGAAGAAGGUGCUGCCAGCGAGGACCACACCACGCUGCUGCUCAAUUGCUACGCCACCAUGAAGGACAUUCGCAAGCUCGACGAGUUCAUCAAGAACGACCAGGACCACAUUGCUUUCGACGUGCAGACGGCCAUCCGCGUUUGUCGCAAGGGCGGCCACUUUGAGCAUGCGCUCUGGCUGGCCAAAAGGUUCAAGGCGCACGACUGGUACAUGAAGAUCAUGGUUGAAGACCUGAAGCGAUACGCCGAGACGGUCGAGUAUCUGGGCGUGCUCAACAAAGAAGCCGCCGAGCUCGAGGUCGGCAGAUACGGCACCACCUUGCUAGAGUACUACCCGCAGGAGAUGACCGACCUGAUCGUCAGGCUCUGUCACCCUGGUCUCGUUAGCGGCGACGGUGACAGAGUCCAGCGGUGUGCCCCCGAGCGGUUCAUCCACUUGUUCGUUCAAAAGGGCAGCAAGUGGUGUCUGCAGUUCCUGGAGCGGAUUCUGGAGAAGCGGUGGGGGAUCACAUCCCGCGACACCCGCAAAGGCCAGUCCGGAUGGCCCGGUGGCGCCGAGACCGCCUCGGGUGCGGCCGAUUCAUCAACGGCAGUCCCGCUCGAGGAAAACGGGGAAGAACAGAGUCUACGGAUCGCCUGCCACACGCUCCUGGAGCUCUAUGUCAGCAACUGCACGCAAAUCAUCGAAGGCUCGACCGAAACGGUUACCCUUGAGAACGCCGGGGCUGCUGUCGACUGGAACGAAAAGGCCCAAUUUGAGCAGAAGGCCAUGAACCUUCUGCGACAUCCCAAAUCCCAGAUCGACCUGGACCACGCACUCGUCCUGUGCAAGACGCACAAAUUCCGCGCCGGCAUUCUCUAUCUGUACGAGCGCCUUGGAAUGUAUCGCGACAUUCUCCAGUACUACAUGGAUAUCGGCGACUCUGCCUCGCUCAUGGAAACGUGCUCAAAGUUUGGCGACGCCGACAGCACCUUGUGGACGCUGGCGCUCUCCUACUACUCCGAGAAAGGCACCGGGCCAAUCGAGAACCGGCAGGAGCUGUUGAACGUUCUGGAGAACAUUGAUCGGCGGAACUUGUUGGCACCGCUGCAGGUCGUCCAAGUGCUGGCCAAAAACUCGACCAUCACCAUCGGCAUGGUGAGAGACUACCUGAUCAAGCGCGUCGAGCGGGAGCGCAAAAUCAUUGAAGAGAAUCAAAAAAUGACAAAAAGCUACCAGGAAGAGACCGAGAAGAUGCGGCAGCAGAUUUCGGACCUGAAAACCAACCCCGUGGUCUUCCAAGCCACCAAAUGCUCGACGUGUCUCCAGCCCUUGGAGCUGCCGACCGUUCACUUUAUGUGCAAACACAGCUACCACCAGCGCUGCCUGGGCGAUGGCGACACCGAAUGCCCCCGAUGCAGUCCUCAGCACAAGAUGAUCCGGGACGUCAUGGCCCGGCACGAGCGGAACGCCACUCGCCAUGAUGUGUUCAAGAAGCAGCUCGAAGAACAUCCUGAGAACCGCUUUGGCGUGAUUGCGGAGUACUUUUCCAAAAACACCUUUGUGGUGCUCAAGCAGUCGCAGUAGUGGCAGCGUGCAUGCACCACCGCUGGUCUCUGUCGA